UAAUACACGAGGAAGCAACAGGAGGAGGAGGCGGGGGGAGCACAGGAGCCGCAGGUUUGGCUUUACAGGCUGCAGCACUACCGCUGGGAGCCCAGGGCUUCUCUCACCCAGACUCCGCCUGCCCGUCACCUCCCCGGGGCUGGAGGGUCGCCCAAGGGCUACAGUGUGGGCUGAGCGCUGCUGCAGAGAUGCUUGGCGGGGAAACUUUAUUGAGUUCCUUGGACUUGUGCUGAGCGGGACAGCGGCUGGAGCCGGCGAGAAGGGCAGGUGUGCGGCGGGGAGAGGGGCAGGUCUUGUGUUUUACUGAAAAAGUCCCGUUUGGAUUUCUGCCUUAGAACUGACGUCACUUCAGAAGCAGGAUUUGAUCGAGAAGGUACAUUUCAACACCGAACGUCACGUCUUCCACAGAAAAAGCCGCCAAGUUUUCAGAAGAGUUUUGUUAUUGAAGUUACUGGGGAUUUCACAAACAACUCCAGGGAAACUGAUGCACAUCUGCUAGCUGUACUUCCAAAAGUUUCAGAACUAAGGAAACUCUUUGAGCCAAGCAGGAGAUCCAUUUCAGAGAUGAAAAGAAAAGAAAGAAUAGCCAGACGUUUGGAAGGAAUUGAUAACGACCCACAACCAAUUAUGCUACAGACACGUUUAUUGGAAGAAGAUAUGCCACGAUAUAUGCGCGCAACAGAUGCAUAUAAUCCACACAUAGGUCAUGCAAAUGAAGACACUGCCUCAGAGUCAUCAAUAGAAACACAUUCUAGAUGGCAAAACCGCUGGCAGCCAAGCACUGAAUCAUCUUCUAUGUCAGGUCAAAUGGCGGUAGAGGAAACAGAAUCAAAAGCAGAAAGGAUAGCUCGAUACAAGGCGGAGCGAAGACGGCAAUUGGCAGAAAGAUAUGGUGUCCCUAUGGAUUCCGAAGCGGAUUCCGAAUACCAGUCAAGGUACACGAGAAUAAGGAAAGACGGUGAGAUCUCUGAAAAGAAAUCUGUGUUAGAGGAAGAUGAAAUUAAAGAGAAUAGCUCAGAUUAUUUAUACCGUCAAGACAUUAAGGAGCCUCGCAGAUUUCGAAUGUACGAAUCAAAGCAUCGGGACAUUAAUGAGAAUGUGUCGGAGAGAGAUGCUCUCAAAAAUGUGGAAAACAAUAAUAAUCAAUAUCGAGAAAUAUCCGAGUUGGAUGGAUCUACCUUUUCGUGCAUGGGACAAGCCAUCACAGUUGGGGAAGCACCCAGGUCUCCAAAGUUCCCUCGUCGUGCAUCAGAGAAAUCACUUCAGCUUUCCUCCUCUCCACCAUCUGAACAGCUACUGCUUAGCGACUCCAGACAAGGAACAGGAAAACAGGCACCAGAGUGGUCUCUCCAAAAAGAUUCCGAUGGGGACACAGCGUCUCUCAUCAGCUGGCCGUCCAGAGUUAAAGUUAGAGAGAGGCUGGGGAGAGAACAUAUUCACGGAUUUCCCAAAACUGACACAGAGAUCUCAACGCAAAGGAAACAUCCACCCGGGCCUGCCCACCCUGUUCCUUUCCAGUCGGAAACCUCUGCUUUUCAUAGGGUUUAUAAACAGCCGGCAUUAGUUCACCAGCCCAUUCAUGGCUACAUCCAGCCUGCUAGUGUUGCUCAUACACCUAAAAUUGUGGCACCUCAUGCACCUGAUUCGAGUGUCAUGGUGUCCGCUUUUACUACCUCCUUAAAAAAUCCCAGAUCUUCCAGUGAUGUGUAUAUUGAGAAAUCCCACCAUGCAUUUCAAGGUCAGGACAAUAUCGUAGAGCCAUGCAAGCAGGUGAUCAGCAAUGGCAAAUCGCACAGUAUGUAUGAAGAGAAGCCAACAUAUAUUUCAUCUGCCAGCAAGCCAAGAAACGAGACCUUGCCUGGGCAUAAAGACCCAGACCUGCAUGUUUCACACAGUUUACCACUUCAGAGACAAACCUCUGGAAACUUUGGGAAAAGCGAAAAGGUCUUGUUCCUUCAGAGUGGCAGAUCCCAGGACCAUACCAAGGAAGUAUCUACGAUGAAGCAUAAAAUGCUGACCCGUUCAAUGUCUGACACCACCAACUCCCAAAAGAUGGAAGCUUUUAAGAUAAAGGACUCCGAUGUCCAGAAAGAGAUGGUGUUUUUGCCUUCUGAAGACCAUGUUGCCAUUCCAAAUGGAGAAGCCGGCAUUGUCAAUACCAAAGUGUCAGUUGCUCAGCUUAGGAGUGCAUAUUUGGAGACGGCCAGCCACGCACAAAAAUCUGAGUUUGAACCUAAGGCUGAAAUGCCAACGUCAGGUGCUUUGUCUGCUACUACUGAGCGGGAAAGAGGCCCUCGAAGGCCGAGACUUUAUUUCUCUCCUGGUGAAAGUAGAAAGACCUCUGAAAGAUUUAGAACCCAGCCUGUAACGUCAGCUGAGCGAAAUCAGAUGGAUAGAUCAAGCUUCCAGUCACCAGAGCAGAUUGCUGAAGAAGAAGCAAAAGUGGAUGAAAGAGCCAAACUUAGCGUGGCUGCGAAAAGGCUUCUAUUCAGGGAAAUGGAAAAAUCUCUGGAGUCGAAACCAGCCAAGCCACGUGCCAGAAAUGCAGCAGUGGAGAGGAGGCUUCGCCGAGCACAAGACAGGUCUCGGACGCAACCCGUUACCAGUGAAGAGGUGGUCAUUGCUGCUACUGAGCCUAGUGCUGCUUCGCACACUGUGACCACACACACGGCCCUCCCUCGAAUACCUAGCCCCACUGUAACUAAGAGCUCUGUACACCAUAUCAGUUUGCAGGCAUCAUCCCAUAAAAGCACAAUAUCAAAGCAAGAGGAGAUACAAAAGGAAAUACACGAUGACCAGAGCAUUCCCGAAGAGCCUGAUAAUUCCUCGCUUUCCUUGGCUGAAAAAAUGGCAUUAUUUAAUAAGCUUUCCCAGCCAAUAACAAAAGAGGUGUCUACGAGGAGCAGAAUGGAUAUUCGACAAAGGCGAAUGAAUGCGCGUUACCAGACUCAGCCCGUCACCCUUGUGGAGGUUGAACAGUAUAAGAAUGGAGGCGAAAAGAUCGGCCCCUUAUCUCACAGUGUUGUAACUUCCGUAGCCACCCUAACCUCUCGGCCGUCUCCAGUUAGCCCUGGGGAUAUGCAUACUGCAAAGUCCUCCAGUUAUGAAGAGAGAAUAUCAAGUGUCUCCAGCACUUCAGCCCUGCUGCACACUUCACUGGAAACAGGAAGCACUUCGGAAAGGAGCUUGCUGCUCUCGGAGCCCUGGAGUCCCCCAAGUGUGAAAGAUAAAGUAUAUGAAAAGGAACCGAGGAAACCAAUGUUGGAAGAGACAAGGGUCUCUGCAGCAGAAGAUAGCAGCAGCUUCGGAAAAUGCAGCUCGCUCCAUAAGGAAAAAACCCACCCCGCGCUUGAUGUGGCAAAGGAGGAAGAACAUGUUGAGGAGCAGAAAGUGCCUGGGCAUGUUGCCUCAAGUAGCAGCAGAGUGGAGUUGCUCAGCCCCCAGAAGCUGUCCCAGCCUGCUGAGCAUUCAGAAUCCCAAGCAAAGCCUGAAAGUGCCCUGCAGGUAGACGCUGAAGAUAAGAAGAGCCUACAUCCCGAGCCCAGCAUGAGAAGAAGGAAAGAGAUCCACGAGAUUGUUGAGCCGGCCUCUGAACUCCUUGGCACCAGCGCUGCAAAGACCGUUUCUCACACUCCAGCUGCUGCUCCUGCUGCGGUGUCCUACGGACCACAGGCAUCAGAGCUAAGUGAGGAAAAGCCCGAGGAGGAAACAGCUGAGAUCUCCUCCACCAUCAGCAACAGGUCCAACGAGGAUCUCGAUACGCCCGGCAAAGCCAUGUCCAUCAAAGACAGGCUGGCGCUGCUAAAGAAGAGUGGGGAAGAGGAUUGGAAAAACAGGCUUAACAAAAAGCAGGAGUACAGCAAAGUGUCUGUCAUCGAGCGCAGCACGCUCACCCAGCUCCAUGAGAUUGAGCAGUCGCUGACAAAGAAGGAACCUGUCUAUGCUUCUGUUUAUUCUCCUGCUCUACCUGCCGCCCAUAAAUGCCAGUAUUUUGUUCCUAUACAUCAGGUCAGUAAUGCUACGACCCUGGGGCAGUCCAGCCCUGUGAUGUUCGAUGAGCGGCACCCCUGGAGAUGGAAGCAAAGGGUGACUGACGGCAAUGGGCUUCACGUGUCUAUUGAAGAAAGGAAGCAGCAGAUUACAGUCAGGGAGGAGGCCUGGAAAACCAAAGGCAUAGGGGCAGCAAAUGAUUCCACACAAUUUACAGUGGCCGGCCGCAUGGUUAAGAAAGGUCUGGCCUCACCUACAGCCAUUACCCCCGUCGCAUCUCCAAUGUCUCUCAAAUUUAAAACUCCAGUUUCCAAGCCUCUGGAAGAAAUUGAAGCCAAACCUGAUAUGAAUUUGGAAUCUGACAGGAAGUUAGAAAAACUAGAAUCAUUUUUGGGAAAACUGCACAACAGGGUUGGAGGGCUACAAGAUACCACACUGUCAGUCACAGGCCAAUCAGUGAAGGAGGUGAUGAAGGUGGACGAUGAUGAAACUUUCGGAAGGUUCUACCGCCCUUUUGAAUUCUCCACUGCCCACGUGCCAUUUGAUUUUGAAGAUGAUUUUGAUCUUCUCUUCAGUUCGGAGGAACCAAAGCUGACAUCUGCUGUAGCAGAACACAAGCGUGCCGUCCGGCCAGCCCGCCGGGUGCAAGCGUCGGGAAACCCACUGAAGAUGCUUGCGGCCAGGGAGGACAUCCUACAGGAGUACACAGAGACGCGGCUGAACGUGGCGUUCAUGGAGUCCAAGAGAAUGAAAGUAGAAAAAAUGUCCAAGAACUCAAACUUCUCAGAAGUCGCACUUGCAGGCCUGGCAAGCAAAGAAAACUUUACCAGCGUAAGCCUGCGGAGUGUCAAUAUGACCGAGCAGCACUCCAACAACAGCGCCGUGCCAUACAAGAAGCUUAUGCUAGUUCAGAUUAAAGGACGCAGGCACGUUCAGUCGAGGCUGGUGGAACCGCGUGCAUCCUCUCUGAAUAGCGGAGACUGCUUCCUGCUGAUCACCCCGCACCACUGCUUCUUGUGGGUCGGAGAGUUUGCAAACGUCAUUGAGAAAGCCAAGGCUUCUGAGCUGGCAUCAAUAAUUCAGACCAAGAGGGAACUUGGAUGCAGGGCAUCGUAUGUGCAAACAGUCGAGGAAGGAAUAAAUACCCACACGCAUGGAGCCAAGGAUUUUUGGAAACUUCUGAGCGGUCAGACUGAAUCUCAAGCUGCUGGGAGCCCAGAGGAGGAUGAGAGAUAUGAAAAUGCCAUCAUAGAAACAAACUGUAUUUAUCGAUUGCUGGAAGAUAAGCUGGUCCCUGUUGAUGAAUUUUGGGGCAAAGUACCUAAGUGUUCACUUUUAGAGUCUAAAGAGGUGCUUGUGUUUGAUUUUGGAAGUGAAGUGUAUGUGUGGCAUGGGAAGGAGGUGACCUUGGCACAGAGGAAGGUGGCGUUCCAGUUAGCCAAACAUCUCUGGAAUGGAGCUUUUGACUAUGAAAAUUGUGAUAUCAAUCCUCUGGACCCUGGGGAAUGCAAUUCUCUCAUUCCAAGGAAAGGGCACGGGCGCCCUGAUUGGGCAAUAUUUGGAAGGCUGACAGAGCAUAAUGAAACCAUACUGUUCAAGGAAAAGUUCCUGGAUUGGACAGAAAUGAAGAAACCCAAUGAGAAGGGUGUGUGCGAGGACUCACCGAAGCUUAAGGAAGACCCACAAUCUGAUGUGAAGCCUUAUGACAUCAUGCUGAUGGUCCCAGUUCCCCAGAAAUCUGUGGGUACGGUUCUUGAUGGAUUAAAUGUCGCCCGUGGUUAUGGACUUAUUGAGGGAGAUGAUUGCCGCCAGUAUGAAAUCUCAACCGUCUCGGUGGAUGUCUGGCAUAUCCUUGAAUUCGACUACAGCCGGCUGCCGAAGCAGAGCAUUGGCCAGUUCCACGAGGGAGACGCCUAUGUGGUAAAAUGGAAGUACUUUGUGAGCACAACAGUUGGACAGCGCCAGAAAACCGAGCACGUCCGGAUAGCGGGUAAAGAGAAGUGCGCCUACUUCUUCUGGCAGGGACGGAACUCGCCCGUAAGUGAGAAGGGAACCUCAGCGCUGAUGACUGUGGAGCUUGAUGAAGAGCGGGGAGCACAGGUCCAGGUGCUUCAGGGAAAAGAGCCCCCCUGUUUCUUACAAUGUUUCCAGGGAGGAAUGAUUGUGCAUGCUGGGAGACGGGAAGAAGAGGAAGAGAACACGCAAAGUGACUGGCGGUUGUACUGUGUACGUGGGGAGGUGCCGGUGGAAGGGAAUUUGAUGGAAGUCGCUUGUCACUGCAGCAGCCUGCGCUCCAGGACCUCCUUGAUACUCCUCAGUAUAAAUAAAGCGCUCAUCUACCUUUGGCACGGCUGCAAAGUCCAAAUCCAUGCCAAGGAAGUGGGACGGACGGCAGCCAAUAAAAUAAAAGAGGAGUGCCCCCUGGAAGCCGGGCUACACAGCAGCAGUAAGGUGACCAUAUAUGAAUGUGAUGAAGGCUCGGAACCCCCCGGAUUCUGGGAUGCGCUGGGCAGGCGAGACCGUAAAGCGUACGACUGCAUGUUGCAAGAUCCUGGGAAAUUUAACUUCACGCCACGACUGUUCAGCCUCAGUAGUUCAUCGGGAGAGUUUACAGCAUCAGAAAUCCUGUAUCCUUCAAGGCAUCCGAAUGUGGUUAACUCCAUGCCAUUUUUACAAGAAGACCUGUAUACGGCCUCCCAGCCAGCUUUAUUCCUCGUUGACAACCAUCACGAGGUUUACCUGUGGCAAGGUUGGUGGCCGUCUGAGAAUAUUAUUACUGGGUCUGCUCGUAUUCGGUGGGAUUCAGACAGAAAAAGCGCAAUGGAGACCGUACUCAGCUACUGCAAAGGAAAGAAUAUCAAGAAACCUCCCAAGUCGUAUCUAAUCCAUGCCGGGCUGGAGCCUCUGACCUUUACCAACAUGUUUCCAAGCUGGGAACAUAGGGAAGACAUUGCCCAAAUCACAGAAAAGGAUGCGGAAGUCUCUAACCAGAUAAUCCUUGUAGAAGAUGUACUCGCUAAACUUUGUAAAAGAAUCUACCCCUUGGCAGAUCUUCUUGCCCGCCCGUUGCCCGAAGGAGUCGACCCUCUCAAGCUUGAGCUCUAUCUGUCAGAUAAAGACUUUGAGGUUGCGUUAGAAAUGACAAGAGAAGAAUACAACACACUGCCGCCCUGGAAACAGGUUAAUACAAAGAAAGCCAAAGGACUUUUCUGAAAAGACUUCCCUUUAGUAUUUUGCUGGGAAAUCUCCGGACCCGCAGCCGUAUCUCACCCGAUUUCCACCCCCAGCCUCUUCACCACUAAGAAACACUGUGUCAGAUUUGCACUUGAUCGGCCAUGGAAUCUUGACGUGUUGCUCGUAUCACUGCGUAGGGCUAUAGGGCAGGUAACCUUUCCUUGCCGCAGGCUUGCUCGAAUGGUCGGGGUGAAGGGGCCCCACUCGUGCCCUGGUGCAAUGUCUCCUUUCAGUGCUGCCUGUUGAAUUGUGUCCUUUUUUUUUUUUUUUUUUUCCCUUUUUUGUAAAUGUACAAGAGAACCAAUCAGAAGCCUUCACUUCUCAGAGGACGUUCGGAAAUAUCAAUCCUCUUCUGUGCACUUAAUAACAUGAAUUCACCCGUAUUUUUUUUUUCCGUCGCCGCAAAUAUACCGGUUCUCUUUUGUAAAUGUCUUGUAUUUGUUGGUUCGAUCAUUUAGAAUUUUAUUUAUAUAAACACUGUAUUUAACUAUGCAAUAUACUCACUGUGUAAGAUUUGUGUGUCAUUACACAAACCUAGUUACGCCCCGUUGCCUACUCUGAGCUGCGUUGCCACCUGUAGUUACCUCCAUGUGCAUUUUGGGAAAUCCCAUGUUUGCAACUUGCAUGUUAAGUAAGUAACGCUGCGUCUGUAGCUCGGGUGAACAAAGCAGUAAGCGUUCUGGUACCCUUGGUCACCACGGCGCCCUCUAGUGGCCAAAAGGGCUAAGCUUUAAGAUCAUCAUUUACUUCAUGCCUCCUUUUUUUUGUUGUUGUUUUUUUACAUUUUUUUUCCCAGCGUGUGAGUUGGCCCCACUUUGUGAGUAAAUGUCUGACCUGAAGGGUUCAUAUAAUAAAAGUGUAUAGUGCCUUGUUUUUGUGUACAGUUUAUAUACAGGUCAUUUAGCCUGCAUUUUGAAGGCAGUUUAAGGAAAGCCUCUAAUAUUUGUACUUUAUAAUAUUAUACAUCUCAGUUUCUAAUACCCUGAUGUAAACUUUAAAACAUGUAUUUUGUGAUAUCAGAACCUGAAUUAAAAUGCUUCAGAAUGAUA